AUGGGAACUGAGAUUUUAAGGCCACAUGAUUGUCUGAUCGAGCGAAUCAGAUCUAAUCGUUCAACGACACUGUUUUCACAACCAGUGAGUUAUAAGUACUACGCAAAUGGGCCCAUUCAUUUGCAAAAUCAUAGAUAUAGAAAUUCAGCCGUACGAGCUGAGCAGAAGAGGCUAGAGUCGGCUACGUUGGUUUCUAAGAGAAUUGGUCGGUCGAACUAUGAUGCUUUGAUGAAGGCAAAGAAUGUGAUAAUUUUGAGACGAGGAGAGCCGUUGAACCGAAUGAAGAAGGCAACGAGCGACAACCAAUUAGAGAGAUUUGGACAAGGGCGAACGAUGGUGCCUAAAAAGGCGGGGAUUGUGGAUUUGAAAUAUGCUGGAUCAGCUUUCGCGAUGUCGCCAGAGCCGAGCUCACUACCUCUGCCAUCGUUCUCGAGGAAGAAGAAGCAUGUGUCUAGGAGCUUCGAUGACUCAGCAACCAUAAAUCUAAGGCGUUUGCUUCGGCUCGAGUGA